AUGCCAUUCCAGAUUCCAGAAACCAAGGCAGAACAGAAUACCUCAUUUAUUAGCACUGCCACAAUCGCAGAAACUCAGUUCACAUUACUUGGAAAGGAAGGAAAGGAAGGAAAGGAAGGAAAGGAAGGAAAGGAAGGAAAGGAAGGAAUGGAAAAGGAAAGGAAAGGAAAGGAAAGGAAAGGAAAGGGUUAA